UAUUGUCAUCUGGUGUAUUGACUGUCUGCUAUUUGCUAUGUUUACUAAAUUAUACAAAUAUCAAUCAAUCUGGGCUACAGCAAGUUUUUAAUACAAUACUCAUUGAAUAAUGAAGUUUAAAAUAGAAAGUUGUAACUAUUGUAUUUAGCAGCUUAUAAAGUGAGAUGUCUGUUUACAUGAAAUAUAACGUCUGGUAUCUAGCACUAUAAAUUGCACACACAUUAAAGGCCUAUAUAAAUAUACAGUAUAUAUAUAAAUUGGGUAUAUUAAGCUUUCUUACAUUGUAUUAACCUUGAACAUAUCAGUAACAUAACAUGGAUAGUACAAGUACUUGUGAAGAUAACCACAUUAAAGAUGGGUCUGUAGAUUAUAUAUCUUCUUCCAAUAAUAGAAAACAUAUAAACACUGAUGACUUUGGAAAGCUUGACUACAAUGGAGAAGAAAACAUUGAAUCUCCAUACAUGUUUAGGCCAAUUGACUGUAGUUUGGAUCCGACAUCAGAAUUCAAACAACUUUGCUUAGAUAUGGCAUCUGCAGAUUUGGAAGGCCUAGAAUUAAUGGAUAUUAUGAACUACUCUAAUUUUUUAAAUUGUGACCCUGCUCCUUCAGACAAACUUCGCUUCAUGGAGGAGCAACAAGAAAAGUUAAACUCCAGUUUAAUAGCUUUGAGCACACAUUUCGCCCAGGUCCAGUUACGACUGAAGCAAAUAGUAGAUGCUCCUCCCAAUGAAAAGGAAGUUCUCCUGAAAAAUCUGGAGGAGUUUGCAUUUAGUGGAAUACCUGAGGUAUCCCCAGAAUUAUCAAGCAAUCUUCUGCUAACUAAUGACAUUGAAGAUCACGAGGAAAAAAUUAAGUUGCAGAGAGAAAAACAAAAGGAGUUGAUUAAAACAUUGAAAUCCCAGCUGGAGGAGCUUGAAAAUUACGCCUAUGAAACUGGUGAAGCAGGCCUACCCCAGAGUUUAGUCUUGGAACGUCAAAAACUUAUCUUAGAUCAACUCAAAGGCAAGUUAAAUUUGAAUAUUGACCACAUGGACCAACUGACAAUGGAUGAUUUGAAGAACCAUGUGGACAAUGCCAUUGGACAGCUUAUUAACCCCAUGAAGAUGAAAGAGCAACUAGUCAAUCAGCUGAAAACACAAAUAUCUGAUCUGGAGCGUUUCAUUGAAUUCCUUCAAGGAGGUUCGGCUGGAAACUCUACUGUCUGUACUUGUCAGUGUCCUUUGCACAAGCGAUCUCAUGCGAAGAUGUUCUCUACUCAAAAACAUGGCUUCAGUAGCAAACAAAAUGUUGAGAUGCAUACCAAAACUCUGAACGUCAUGAAAAGAGCUGCUGCUUUGAUCCAGAUAUUUGUGCGUCAUCAGUUUGGAGAUAGUGCAGAUCAUUUCAGCAAAAAUUCUCUCAAGAAACAUAUGAAGUUCAACCAUUAUGGGGACCUGAGAGCACAGUUGGAGGUGGCUGUGGCUGAUGUGAUGGAAUUGGCAGCAGAACCAGAGGCCCCAGUGGACAGUGACUACAUGUCAGACUCAGAGGGCGUCACUACAAUACAAUGUAACGGAAAACUGGCUACAGCUGUGCGCAAGAAACUGGCUGUCAGUAUCCAGAACCUCAUGCAACAUGGACUCAUGGCUGUUGGGCAGAGCAACAGUCUUGUUCCGUUCAUCGCUUGUUUUCCCCCACGCCACACUUCUGCUAAAGACCCUAUGCACGCUUGGGAGCUUAUACUCAAGUUCUACGACAUGAAGAAUGGAGAACAGUUCAAUUCCACUCCAGCUCGUAAACUAUCUCAAAGCUUCAAUCUUGACAUCGUUGGUGGCUCGGCUAUGAGCUACAAACAGAGCCUGCUCGGUGUGAUUGGAAACAUCAUAGGUACUCACACACCGUACAAACGAAGCUAUGACUCUCAUUUCAAAGCAUUGGUGUGUGCUGGACUAAAUUCAAAGAUGCUCGUAACCUGGCUCCGUCUCAUCUUCCGUUGCCAGCCCCUGAUUGAGUUGUAUUACCAACCAUGGAGUUACGUUGCUAUGACAGGUUUUGAAGACAGUUUUGCGUCACUGGAAAAACUGAAUCAGUUCAACUUUGAUUUACCAGUUGAUCUUGCGAUUCGACAGCUUCAGAAUAUCAAAGAUGCAUUUUAAUAUGGUUGUGUUUAUAUUACCAUUCCUUGACAUGUUUUUACUGUUAAUUUUAAAUUGUUUCAAACUUUACCAAAGAUUUUGAAUUAUAAAUUCUUGAGUUUUUA